AUGACACGCAUGCGAGUGGACGCUAAGCUGCUCUUGAAAAGCGAAGAUGACUUCCGACGCCUGUUGGAGCUGCUGCGGCCAUUCCAUUUACGCACGUGGAAGUAUGAAGAUUUUUACUUUGAUACACCUAACUUCCUUUUGAUGGCGAAGGACGUGCAGCUUCGGCUUCGUGUGCCUUUUAAGUCUUCCGACGGUAAAGAUGAGAAGUUGGCAGGCGCUCAGGGCUCGAAUAUGCUUUGCCAUGUUUCUCUCACUCUCAAGACUAACAGUUCGGUCGAUGUCGGUGGACAAACUGCUGGCAUUUUUGAAAUGUUUCCGUUUACACCGAAAGAUGUUGAUGACAUGCUGCAGGAAGAUUCAUUGGUUAGCGUGUUGAAGAAUCGUAGCAGCGAUGAACCUGCUAAGACGGUUUUGGAAUAUCUAACAAGGGCUUCUGAGGAAUAUGGCGAGGAGUUGGUACUGACGCGCUUUGCCAGUUUUGAGACAACUCGAAGGCAAUACAAGUUUGUGCCACAUCUUGGCUUUGGUAGCGCACACAGUUCCGACAAAGAUGUUGCAUCGGAAAAGAAUAAAUCAGACCCACCACGCCUUUAUGUGGAUGAAGUACCAAUGGGUGAUUUCAAAUCUUAUGAAGUAGAAGUGCAAGGUGUUACUGAUCCACUCGCAGACGUCUGUCAAGAUUUGAUGGAUUACCUGAACGAGAAAGGCAUAGAAUUUACCCACAGCUUAUCUGGAAAGCUGAAUCGCUUCAUGACCCGCACCUUGGAGCUUGAAGAAAUGAAGGAAGAAUCCCAGUGUGUACGUCUCCGCAUCAAGGGAAACAAGGGUUAUGAAGAGGUAUGUAGAUGGCAAAACGAGGAGAAUGAGAUCAGUCUCGAUCCGAUUCCAAAGCGCGGGGCUCCACCUGUAGAUAACGAUAAGCCUACCUUUGGAGUGACGCAAAUGGCAUCUUCCUUGUUAGGGUUGGGACCACUUACUUCACAGGCUUCCCGAAUGACACAUUCGCAGAGCGUACGAUUAAAGAGAAUUCGAGAGGGCAAUCAUGGUGACGAAGAGUAUUUUGAAAACUAUUUUUUCGAUGAUCGCCCCAAUGGAACCUUGGCAGCUAAAAAGUAUACACUACGGUUGAGAUGUUGCAACCCCCCUACCGCCUUCAGCCUCGAGCUUCGGAAAGAAAAAUGGAGCGCUGGUGGUGUGAAGGGCUACGAGCGGAGACGCGCGUACAUAUCCGGUGAUGUAGCUCGACUUAUGCUCCGUGACCCUAAUAAAUUUUUGAAUUCACUAUCUUCUCAGAGUAGUCUUGGUCAUUUGCUACGACGGGACAUGGGACUGCAGAAGCUAACCAUCGUGGGUUACUGUAAAACGCAUCGCAUCACAUAUAAUGGUAAGAUUAUCGAGAGAAGAAUGGUGGAAGACUCCCAGAGAACCCGGGACGGUAACGCGGGAAAGGUGGCGGCACGACCACCCGGUGUGGAAUUCACUCUUUUUCAUGGACCGUCUAGCGCGGGAUGUAGAGGUGAAUUUUCCAUCCAGUUAAACCGCAUCAUGGUUGAUACCGGUAGUGAUCCUGUGAAAGUCGCAAAAAGGGCAUCAGAGGAACGUUGUUGCUCCAUUUUUAACCCCCGUGGCUGCUCUCCCUUCCCGCGGGAACCAUCAGAGACGGAAUCGUAUGAAGUGAAGUUGGCUGGACUUCCUGAAGGUUUGGCUGCUACAGCAGAGGACUGGCUGGUUUCUCAGCUUCACCAGCGCCAAGUGCAGUGGGAGGUAGUUAUGUCUGCUGGCAUGGGGCAGUAUCAUCCUUCCUUGGCUGCAGCGUAA